AAGCACACAUAAAAAAAACCCAGAGAAUGACAAAUACGGAGUAACGAGUAAACAGGCCCAGCACAUCGCCAUCCUAAUAAAUCAACCUCCACGGACGAUGAGCAGACCUCAAAACAUGACGGAUCUCUUACAGCUUUCAUUUCUUCCCCGUGAUAUCCUUUUCCAGAUCCUGGUUCGACUUGGCGCCAGAUCUCGGGGGAAGCUAAGCUGCGUUUCUAAAUCUUUCCGCUCCAUAUUGACCGAUCCAAGUUUCGCAGAGUUUCAUCGAAAUUGGUCAGCGGCUCUUAACCACGGCACAACCAUCCUCUUCUCUAUUUGGCAUAUGCUUACGACGGAUCAUCAUCACUCAAUCCCGUGUCCUGUGCUCGUUUCCACGCCACAUCAAUUUUACACCAUAAACUAUACAGAAGAUCGAGCCGGAGAUCUCGUUCAAGCAAAAAUUGUUCCGCAUAUGGACAAAGUAUGGGUCGGGUAUGGAAGAUCUGUGUCUUUUGCCAAAGAUCAAAUAUGUUUCUUCCACGAGCAAACCCAUCCAGAUUUGAAUGUAUUAAACCUUGCCGCAGGACAACGUACUACUCUCCCGGCAAUCCCCGGGUUUUCCUGUGCGCUCUUGGGUUACGACGGCGUUUCGGGAACAUACAAGGUUUUGCUGUCGGUAAUUAACUUUUACAGGAGGACUGUGAAGUACUGGGUGUUCACACUCGGUGUGGAUAAAACGUGGAGGGAGAUCAAGAGCCCUGUAUUGUUUUACUUAAGCAGACGUUUCAUGAAUAGCGUUUGCAUCAACGGCGUGAUCUAUUCCUACAAUGAUCUCUGCGGCCGCUGGUGGGAGACAUUUGGGAAUGCUCCCAUUGAGCUGGUGGCAUUCGAUGUUCGUUCGGAGAGUUUCCACCUGAUACCUCUUCCUCCAACAAUUUAUAAAGAAGAUGUGAGAAAAUCCUCUUUACUAGAAUUCAGAGGGCGGUUUGCUGUCAUUUAUCUCCAUCAGAACAAGCAAUUGAUUGCUUGGACAUUGGAGACGGCAGCAGAGACAGCAGCGAAAUCGACAUCGUGCUGGAAGAAGCAUACUUUCCCCUUUCCAUUGGGCAGUGAAUUGUUUUGGAAGCCUUUUAUUACUGCUACUGCAGCUGGGGAAAUCGUAGUGUUAACGCUGAAUGGAGUAACUUCUUCUCUUUGGGUUUUAUUGGAUAAAUUCGGGGCAGACUCCAUUUGGAAGAAAAUUCAAAUUAUGGAUGUGAGUGACUGUCCUACUAGUGUCAAAGAAGCAUUCGAAGUGGUGGAUGCCCAAAACAUUGUCGAGAAUCUCUUUCACUUGAAAUAAUUUUGCCUGCAAAAGCCAUGGCGGUCUGGUCUUGUCCACCUUACCAUUUCAUUUCAUCGCUUAGCAUUUCCUCAACCUUUCAUUUACUUUAGUUUUUGCUUCUUAGCUAGGCCUUAUUUGCUAAAUAUUCUUCACCUAUCCCCUAGAACAUCUCUGUGCCACGGGCAUUCUGGUGUUUCGGGAAUGUACAAGGUUUUUAUGUGGGAUGCUGAAAAGUACUGGGUGUUCACUCUGGGCGUGGAUGAAGUUUGGUGACAGAUUAAGGGUCUGUUUGCAACAGCUCCUGCUUUUAAAAAAGUGUUUUUUUUAAUGAAAUGGAGAGAAGUGAUUAAAUAAAAGUUGAUAGUGUUUGAGAAAAAAGUGAUUUUGAAAAGUAAAAGUGGGUAGGGUUUGGUAAAAUAAGUGCUUUUUGUGUAAUAGAAAAAGUAAAAGCACUUUUGACGCGGAAACCGAGAAAAAUAAAAGUUGUAUUGUUUGAGAAAAUAAGUGUUUUUUUAAAAGCCAAAAGCUGAGAAGUGCUUUUUUUAAAAGCAGUUGCAAACCAACCCUAACAGCUCUGUAGUGUGCUACUGUGUAGCACUUUUCUUGAAAAGUGUUUGCAUUGAUGGCAUUAUCUAUUUUGCUGGUAAUACAGCCUCUCGCAUAGGCUCCAACCUGGUGACGUUAGACGACAGGUCUGAGAGUUUCCACCUGAUACGGUGAUACCUCUUUCUCCAGCAACAUAUCAAGAAAUCAGAGGAUCCUCGUUAGAAUUGGAUGGGCGGCUGGCUUUCAUUUCCAUCAGAAGAGGCAGAUUAUUACUUGGACCUUGGAGACUGCUGUGGAAUCGUCAUCUUGCUGGAAGAAGCAUGCUUUCCCCCUUCCAUUGGAGGCAGACAUUGAAUCAAUUUGGAUUACCUCAAUUACUCCUACUCCAACCAGGGAAAUUGUACUGCUAAUGCUGAAGGGAGCACCUUCUCUUUGGGUUUUAUUCGAUAAGUUCGGGGCAUACCCUGUAUGGACGAAAUUUGGAAUUACUGGACUUCCUGACUUUCCUAAAGGUACUUGCGAAUCAAUCGAAACUGUCGAGGUGCAAAUCAUUGCCGAGAAUAUCUUGCACUUGGAAUAAUCUGGCCUGCAAGACUUCUGAACAAAUGCCAUGCUGGUCUUCUCCUCCACUUUAUCAUUUCAUUUCAUCAUUAUCAAUUAUCAUCAUGAGUUACAAUCUUACCAUUGCCUCAGUCUUCCCUUUACUUCUUAAAUUUCUUCUACUUAGAUAGUCAGAUAGAGUAUUUAUUAAUUAAGUCUUCAAGUAUAUAUAGUCCACGUACCUAAUUUUUUUUAGGGAUUUUAUUGGGAUUAAUUACAAAUUGGUUGGUUUCUUAUGUUAGUGUGACUAUUAGCUUGGUGCAUUGUCACUCUGUAUGAGUGGGUGAUGUUUAAAUCUUUCAAGUAAAUGUUACAUCGAACAAUACAACUAAGCAAGAAAUUCUUUGCUUGUGUAUCUCUUUAAUUUGUG